GUUUUUACCAAAGCCUCCAGAAAAUACAUUCUUUUUGAGUUAGAACGAGAUAAAAACAAUAAAAAUUAAAUAAUUCAAACUGUUUAUAGUGGUUUUUGCGACAAACAAACAUAAAAUAAGUGUAAAAACAACAAGUUUUUACUAUAAACUAUUAAGGUUGGGUUAAGUGUGAUAUAUAGGUUGUUAUUUAGUUGUUUUUGAGGUUUUAUAAGGUUAUUUUUUAAACAAUUGUAUAGCGUAAAAGGGUGAAAUAUUGAUUGUUUACAUUUUGUUUUUAAUCUAUAUUUUUUACUACGUCAAAAUUUUUUGUGCCACUGUUUGUGAGAAAAGUCAAGUGGCCUAUGCAAAGAUACACCUGUCAAAGCCGUCUAUGGUUAUUGUGUUUGUUUAUUUCUACUAUUUAAUUAAUGUUAUUAGUUUGCUGUAUUCGAUGAUAUAAUAGUUUGAAAAUGUAAAAGACAAAGUUUUGUUUUUGGGUGUAUUUGUUGACAAAAAUGGCGGACUUUAAGCAAAAAAGAAAACAAAAUUUCACGGCUGAAGAAGUAGAGACUCUGGUGGGUGGCGUAAAAAAACACUAUCGGAUUUUAUACGGACAAUUCUCCAAAAAGGCGAUAAACAAAGGCGCAAGGCAUAGAGCUUGGCUAGAUGUUCUCCAAAAAGUCAAUAAAGUGUCGAUUGAGAAAAGAACUCUACAGGAGAUUAAAAACAAGUGGAAAAAAUGCAUGUACAUGUUGCGGGACCAAGAUUCGGACCCCAUAGGUAAUAUAACAAUGUUAUUAACAAUAAUUUUGGACUUUUUGGGUUCUCUGAUUGAUUUAGUUCGUGUUUGCGCCGCCAGGGCGGCAUUGUUGUUUUGACGUUUCGCGAAAUUCGCGUUUGUUUUGUUGUUUAUGUUAACAAUCGGCUUUCUUGAUUUUUACAAAUUUUAUAUAUUUAAAAAUGUUAAUAUUAUGAUAAACUUUUUGAGUUGUGUUUAAUUUCUUAUCAAAAUCAGUGGUGUUACAGACGUGUGCAUCCGUUUCCGCAUUCAGGAAACAUCUGCAUCCGCAACCUUUCAAUGCGGAUUUUGCAAAUUCCGGUUUACUCGUCGCGCUUUCUUAUUCAGUAUGUAUAUAGUUUUCACCAUAUAAAGAAGGUUUUUUUAAGAAGCGCGAGUAUGCUGUAAUUUUGCACUUUAAAUUUUCAUUAUUUGCUCGACUACUUUACAAUGCCUCCACUAACCAAAAGCUUCAUUUGGCAUUACUUCACAUCAAUUGAUCAAGACAGUGCUAUGUGUAAUAUUUGUAAAAAGUUGUACUCUCGAAAAGGCAGGACAACCACAUCACUAAAAAGUCAUCUAAAAUCAAUUCAUCCUGAAGAGUAUUCCAUAUUUUUAUAUGCUGAUACUGAACAAAAAAUAAAACAGUUCGAAGGAUCAGAUGCUAUGCCGUUAGAGCAACGACUAAAAGUCCCUGGUGAAAAUCAAGACUCCAUGUUAUCAUCUCAACCAUUGUCGCCAACAAAACUGAAAGUUACUAGGCAAAAAAAUCCCCAGACAGCUCAAAAGUCACCAACACCGCCACCAGUGAAUGAAGAGGUGUGUUUAAGAUGGAAUAGCCAUCAUGUUAACAUGCAAAAUACUUUUCCUACAUUAUUGUUGCGAGAACAAUACGUAGAUGUCACUAUAGUAGCGGAAGGGAGAACCUUGAAAUGUCAUAGGAUGAUAUUAUCAUCUUGUAGCCCAUAUUUUGAAGAAGUUUUGGCUGGGAUUAGCCCUAUGCAACACCCAGUAUUGUUUAUGAAGGAUAUCCCCUUCUGGAUUUUAAAAUGUCUGCUGGAUUUUAUGUAUGCCGGGGAAGUACAUAUAUUCCAAAACAAGUUGCAGGAUUUACUGAAUGUGGCGGAAAUUCUUAAGAUUAAAGGACUAGCAGGUACAAAUUCAAACGAAGGCAGCAAAGUGGACACUAAAGAAUCCAUAAAAACCUAUGAAGAACCAGAAAAAGAUAGGAAAAAAGAGGAGAAAAAACAAAGUGAGAUUAAAAAAGAAGACAAAAAGGUACAAAACAAAACACCCCAAAUGGAAACCAGAACCCACUACAGAACCAGAAGAAACAGCUGCCAUAACGAAGAUAUUUUAGAUCCACUGGAUCUUCUAGAACCUGUUUAUGAAGAGCCCGCUAAAGAAGAACGACCAACACCUAACAGAACACGGGAAAAAUACCAAAACAUACCAGUACGGAAAAAACUGAAGAAAAGGAAAUACACUGAGAUACGCGUAGAGAGUCCUCCCCCAGUUUUCCAAACAAGAAAAGGCACAAGAUCGCGACCUAACGUCAAAGUUCCAAAAUACUAUGAUGGCCUUGAGGAGGAAGAUUUAAACAAAAAUGACGCCUCUGUCAUCGAACGCCAACCACAUAUUAACGUGGAAGACCCAUUUUUGGGCAUAGUUGACAUCAAAACUGAACCAAUGGAUUUUGAUAAUGACGUCAUCGAAAUUCAAGAUAACAAUGUUGGGUUCAGUGAGAAUGAAGAGGAGGAAGCAAUUAUUGGUAACUAUGACAGUCCUAUAUUAAAUAUAGCCAAAAAAAUCGCAAGAAGCCAAAAUGAAGACCCACUUUCGUGUGUGGAAGAGAGUGAAAAUGAGAUUGGUUUAACAAUCACAAACGUACAAAGUAUUAAUGAAAAUUCUAUAGAAGAAACCAUAAAAAAAACUACUGAAAAUGUAGAAGACUCCACCAAAACCACCACAGAAGAAACCACCAAAAUCACUACAGAAGAAACCACGGAGAAUCCCGAAGAAGUUAAAAAAGCUAACAGUAAAGAAACUAAAGUAGAUAGUUUAGAAGAUCCAGUAGAAAAUGUAGACACCUUAGGUAACACAAGUAAAGAUGUAGGACAAAAUAAUGCAACUACUGAAGAAAAAACAGUUGCAGAGCGACCUCAAAGUCCAGAAAAAGAAGAAACAGCCAAAAUUGAUGACAAAAACGACCAUUCAAACGUCGAGAAAAUGGAUGAAAAUGAAGAUAAUGUUGGCGAUAAAAAAGAAAUUGAUAAAAAUAAAGAUAAAGAUAAAAUCGAAAAUAUUGCGGAAAAAGUCACACCACAAUCUUCAAUCGAUGAUAUCCAACUAGAUUUCACAGAAAACAUAGAAAUGACAGAAAACCUAACAGAAGAUUUCGAUCAAAAUUUGGCCGAUUUAACAAACGACGCUCUAGAUCGGCAUUUUAACACCGAAGACGCCAGCGAGAAGAUGGCCAUGGAUUUAGAACAGCCUACAAAUGCCGCCACAGAAACAACCGAAGUGGCAACAACGUUCGAAGAAAGGACGAAUUUUACAUUAUGAGUUGAACAUUUUUUUGUUUCAUGUGGUGAUUUGUAAAUGUGUUUUAUUAUUUAUAAUUUUUUAUAAAAAUGUUUAAUAUUAUUGUUUUAUGUGUAUAAAUAAAUCAGAUUGUAAGUUAAAAUUUCUUU